AUGAGCAUAUGGUCUAUAGGGUUAACUGAUAAACAUGUAAUAAAAUACAAUAAUGGAAAUCACUAUGAUGGAUAUUUUGUUGAUGGAAAUUAGCAUGGAGAGGGUCGAAUGAUAUAUACUGACGGAGCGGAAUAUAAUGGAAAUUGGAAUAAUGAUAAAAGAUAAGGGAAGGGUAAUUAUAAAUGGGCCAAUAGAGAUGAAUAUUAAGGAGAUUGGAAAAAUAAUAAUCGAGAAGGAAAGGGUUAGAUGAAAUAUGCCAAUAAUGAUUUGUAUUUUGUAGUAUGGAAAAAUGAUAAAAGAGAAGGAACAGGUAUAAUUAAAUUUCCCUAAGGUGGUUUGUAUUAUGGAGAUUGGAAAAAUGAUAAAAGAGAAGGAAUUGGUAUUAUGAAAUACUCUACUGGAAAUUUAUAUAAUGGUGAUUGGAAAAAUGAUAAACAAGAAGGAAAGGGCUUAUUAUAAUACGAUGAUGGAAAUUAAUAUGAUGGAGAUUUUGUAAAUGGCGAAAUGCAUGGAAUAGGCAAAUUUACAUGGGCUGAUGGAAACUAUUAUUAUGGAGAUUGGAAAAAUAAUUAACGAACAGGAAAAGGUAGAUUUAAAUAAAUUGAUGGAAAUGAAUAUGAGGGAGAUUUUGUAAAUGGUGAAAUGCAUGGAAUAGGCAAAUUUACAUGGGCUGAUGGAAACUAUUAUUAUGGAGAUUGGAAAAAUAAUUAACGAACAGGAAAAGGUAGAUUUAAAUAAAUUGAUGGAAAUGAAUAUGAGGGAGAUUUUGUAAAUGGUGAAAUGCAUGGAAUAGGCAAAUUUACAUGGGCUGAUGGAAACUAUUAUUAUGGAGAUUGGAAAAAUAAUUAACGAACAGGAAAAGGUAGAUUUAAAUAAAUUGAUGGAAAUGAAUAUGAGGGAGAUUUUGUAAAUGGUGAAAUGCAUGGAAUAGGCAAAUUUACAUGGGCUGAUGGAAACUAUUAUUAUGGAGAUUGGAAAAAUAAUUAACGAACAGGAAAAGGUAGAUUUAAAUAAAUUGAUGGAAAUGAAUAUGAGGGAGAUUUUGUAAAUGGUGAAAUGCAUGGAAUAGGCAAAUUUACAUGGGCUGAUGGAAACUAUUAUUAUGGAGAUUGGAAAAAUAAUUAACGAACAGGAAAAGGUAGAUUUAAAUAAAUUGAUGGAAAUGAAUAUGAGGGAGAUUUUGUAAAUGGUGAAAUGCAUGGAAUAGGCAAAUUUACAUGGGCUGAUGGAAACUAUUAUUAUGGAGAUUGGAAAAAUAAUUAACGAACAGGAAAAGGUAGAUUUAAAUAAAUUGAUGGAAAUGAAUAUGAGGGAGAUUUUGUAAAUGGUGAAAUGCAUGGAAUAGGCAAAUUUACAUGGGCUGAUGGAAACUAUUAUUAUGGAGAUUGGAAAAAUAAUUAACGAACAGGAAAAGGUAGAUUUAAAUAAAUUGAUGGAAAUGAAUAUGAGGGAGAUUUUGUAAAUGGUGAAAUGCAUGGAAUAGGCAAAUUUACAUGGGCUGAUGGAAACUAUUAUUAUGGAGAUUGGAAAAAUAAUUAACGAACAGGAAAAGGUAGAUUUAAAUAAAUUGAUGGAAAUGAAUAUGAGGGAGAUUUUGUAAAUGGUGAAAUGCAUGGAAUAGGCAAAUUUACAUGGGCUGAUGGAAAUUAUUAUUAUGGACAUUGGAAAAAUAAUAAACGAACAGGGAAAGGUAGAUUUAAAUCGAUCGAUGGAAAUGAAUAUGAGGGAGAUUGGGUGGAUGAUAAGAGACACGGUAAUGGGGAAUAUAGAUUUGCAAAUGGUCAAAAAUAAUAUGGUAAAUGGCAAUUUGAUAAAAAAGUGUGA